GCAACCCAUCGUAAACUGGAGACGGAAGGAGAAGCGAUCAUCUUCGCGGCAGAGGAAGCAACGACUCGCACAACGGUCACCGCAGCCAAUUCACCAUUGCUGCCGCUGCCGCCACCGCUGCCGCCUUCCGUCGAUUUGACUGCCCUUCUGUCGCCUUUGCAAGCACAAUCAGCAGCGUCGAGCUGCAUCGGGGCGGCGUGCAGCAUGGUGCGGAAUGUUUAAGUCGCGCCUCCGAAGCAAGAACCUCUUUCGGAGGUCGAACUCAUCAACCCAGUUCAACGACAACGCUCACGUCCACGCCGAAGACAAGCUCGAUCAGCCCUCUUCCCCACGCUCGCGGCCCGUUGCUGGGACGAUCACAGUCUCGUCGUCGCCCACGGUCGUUCGAAAGCCCAAGCAAUCGCGCAGCUUUUCCAGUCUGCGGGACACGAGGAAGAAGUCUGCCACCGCUGAUGCUGUGAGCGGUGACGUGCCUCCAACGCUAGACGUGGAUCCGAAAACGCCCCUUACCGACGCCGGGAAUAUCGAAAACCAAAAUGAACAUACUGAAAAGGAAGGUGGUGAAAGUCUGAAGUCUGCGGAAGGGACAUUGUUAGACAGCAGCAUCAUCUCGUUGCCCGGAGCUGGACCUGCCCCCGAAGUUGUGGUUGAAGAAGCCACUCCUGGUAUUCCUCCCCCUGCCAAUCCCAUUGACGUGCACGUCACCGAAAACACGCCUGUGACGCCCCGGCGAGGAGGUCAAACGACGGCAGAGGAGUUGUUGGCAGCAGAAGCCCUGCGGAAGCAGAGCCUCGUGUCUCGAGCAGACGUAGAUAUCAUCAAGGCGUUGCUGCACGACGAGCAGUUAGAUGCAGCGACCUUGCAUCGGAAGCCACCGAGCUUGCAAAGAGGUUUCACAACCGCCAGCGAGACUACAGCGCUGAAUGCGAGCAUGCUGAGUCGCAAAGUUUGGGUUAAGCGGCCCCACGCCGCAGCUACUAUCGUGCUGAUUAAAGAAGACGACUUGGUAGACGAGGCAAAAGAGGCCAUCUUACAGAAGUACAGGAACCAGCUGAGCCGGCAUUUCGAUGCUCCAGACAUCACUAUUCGUAUCCUCACAAGAGGGGAGCCCGGCGAGCGGAUUUUAAAUCCUGACGAGCCACUUUGCAGGACUCUUGAUUCAUACUAUCCUGGUGGGCAGUCUGUGGAUGAGGCUCUCAUCAUCGACGUGCCUCAGCGACGCACGCCGCGACCCUCACCGAGAGUCCACAGCCACCAUUCUCACAAUCGAUCUCACGACUCUUUCCAGUUCUACGAUGAAGGUGAGCGAAGUGCCCGUCCUCACGAAAGUGCGACGGAUUAUUUCCCACCAAUGCCACCCGUGAACUUGGGGCAACCGUCUCCACUGCUCACAAAUACGUCUCACGACAGCCACUCUCACGACUCGCGCAAAUCACAUGCAGCUCACGAGCGCGCGAUCUCCGUCCUAAACACUGGACAAGUGCCUCCUUUACCUUCCCCUGGUGCAGUAGGCAGGAGAGCUCACAUGGCAAAACAGCAUAGUCGACCAGCGCAUCCUAGACAACACACCUCAUCACCUACGACACUAUCUUCGUCUGUCGCAUCGCGCGGCCCCAGGCCGCACUUAGAUUCCACAGCGUCUACAGAGAAACAUCCUCAAUUGAGUGCAUCUACGGCUACACUGCCCACACCACCGGCACCAGAACCAAAGACAAAUGCAGCAGCUGCUGCUGCUCCACUCAGUGGCAACGCUCCUCCAACUCCCCGCGUUUCCUCCCCACGUCCAGGUGGGCGACCGAGUCGGAAAACACGACAGAAGCAAAAAGACGAAGGUCCUACGGCAUUAUCCUUGCCCCCUGGGAUUUUAGACACAUCCGUGCCGCCGAUCAACGUUCUCAUUGUGGAGGACAAUAUGAUCAACAUGCGUUUGUUAGAACAAUUUGUGCGCCGGCUGGGUGUGCGCUGGCAAACUGCUGUCAAUGGCCGCGAAGCCGUCACAAAGUGGCGACAAGGUGGCUUUCACCUUGUCCUAAUGGAUAUCCAGCUCCCCAUCAUGUCUGGGCUAGAAGCAACGAAGGAGAUUCGGCGCCUAGAGCGGGUGAACAAUAUAGGCGUAUUUAGCUCCGCCAGCAGUUCAGCCCCGGAGCUCGAUGAAGAGUGCGAUCCUCUUGAUGCGAGCGGCAGGAAGAAAGAGGUUAGGCAGGAGGACAGACUAUUUGAGGACGGUUACUCAAGAUUGUUCAAGAGUCCUGUCAUUAUUGUGGCGUUGACGGCGAGUAAUCUGCAGAGUGAUCGACAUGAAGCGCUUGCGGCAGGAUGCAAUGAUUUCUUGACAAAGCCCGUGAACUUUGUCUGGUUCGAGCGCAAAGUCAAAGAAUGGGGCUGUAUGCAAGCUCUUAUCGACUUCGACGGUUGGCGCAAGUGGAAAGACUUUGCAGAAGCAAACGGUCUCAAAGAUCCAUCCAAACCUGCUGGUGCACCUAUUAAAAGGAAGGCUCUUAAGCCUGAGAGCACUGCAGUUUCGAAAGCGUCAGAUGCAAAGAGUUUGGAUGGAAAGGGCCAAGAGAAAGUCGUUGGCUCAGAUAGAGCCAACACAUCUCCGUCAGAACAAAAGGAUUUCGCUUCCACAAAUCCUAGCGCCGAGGGCACGAAGGGGGAAAACGUGGCGAAGGAGAACAGUACUGACACUAUGCUGCAUACAUCGAACACAUCUGGCUGAGCAAGCCCAUUUUGCCUGAGUGGCCUAUUUUUGCCACAAGGUUCUGAGUUUCUCGUCUUUAUACUGUCUUACAUUAUGUACACGCACACGUAUGUUCACUCUACAAAUAUUUUCUAUGAGAAAGGCGCCUUGGAAGGUAGGCAUACAUGCAUAGGGCCGUGGCGUUUUAAUCUUUCAAUAAUUCAAGUUUCAAAGUCUUAAAAUGUGUUCGGUGAUAGAUCUACCUAGGGAAGAUGAUCGUCU